AUGCACAAUGCAUGCUACCUACAUAGGUCUUCAAUACCCGCAUCUGAAAACAUGUCAAGUGGAGACACCUCCUUUUCGGGAAAACUGUUGGCCAAGGAUGCUAAAGUGCAAGCCUGCCCCCUCGCGGCUCAAAGGAGCUUUUAUAUUCCAAUGGAAGACUCCAAAUAUAGAGGGCGUUAUUGGUUUUUCCAUCAUUCAAGAGACAGAAUCCUGCACGACUCGCACCCCAGCUUCCCCCUAUGUCAUCUACCACGGUUCCGCAUUUACGCGACAGUAAGAAUCGCCGCUGACAGGCAACGAGACGUGUAUCCUUAA